GAAAUAAAAAUAAUUAUUAAAAAGGAUAAUAAAAUAAAAAACAAAAAAACAAAACGAUGUGUGAAGACAUCAAAGCCACAGGGGAUGAUGUCAUCACACACCAGGGAUGGGAUGACAUCAAAAGCUUGAUGUCUUUAUUGUCAUCUCAAGAGAAGGUAUAUAUGGUACAGGCAUAUUUACUGGGCACACCCACGACUGAAUCUGUCAUCUACAUCAGCACUUUGACACAUUUCAUCUGGUGAACUGGAAACUACUCUCAACUGAUCCCGGGUUAAAAUGGUCCACGACGAUUUAAGAGUGGAGUGGGUCCGACAGCGCGUGACUGCCGGGUUCAACUUGUUUGACUGUCCAGAAUGUUUCGACGAACUGCUCAGCCGCGAAGACGGAGAUGAAGAGGAUAAAAUUGUGCGCUUCUUGAACGUUAUUGCUGAUGACGACUCUCCAUCCUGUCUGCUGUUUUUCAAAACUGGACGAGAGGAGGAAAUUGAAAUUCAAGUUGAAAUUCCAGUCGAGAAGAAAGAAGAAGACUCCUCAGAUCCUGGCGAUAAGUCCCUGUCCCAAAGUGGAGCAGAGAUGACCUCUGGCUCAAAGGAGAUAGAAGAAGAAAGACCCAGCCAUAGGAUUGAGGUUCGAGUGGUCUAUAGCAUUGAGCUUCAUGUAGCAGUAAACACUUACCCGGAGAGAUUUUUGAAAUCCACUGUCUUCUACUUUCUCAGGAACGCAAAAGAGAUGAUCGAUGAAAACAUGGACUUGUCUGAAGCCAAUAUUCAGAUGCCCAUGCUGUUUGACAUUGGCAUGCACAGUGGAGAUCCCUUUCGUGUGCUACAGAACAAACUUGCCAAUGUAAAAUGAAAAAUUAUUCACACAAAAAAACCCCAGCCACAGCCAGAAUCAGUCAGACAAAAACAUCUAUCAACAGUUGAAAAUCUGU